AUGGCUGCUGCGCGAGCUGAUCAUAAGGCCUUGACGAAAGAGAGAACCGAUCGCCGUGUUGCCCUAGGAGCCGAGGGUAAUGGCAAAAAGGACUUCAUGUGGUCAGAAGCCUCCAAAAACAAUACGGAUAAGGGGGGAAUGUCUGACAUGGAGAUCAAAAUGAACUCCGAGGCUCUGAUAGUAGCUGGGAGUGAGACAACGGCGACUUGCCUCUCAGCAACCGCACACCUCCUCGGCAAGAAUCCUGAGAUCAUGAAAACGGUGCUUGAGGAAGUACGCCCAAGGUACACCUCUGAGGAUCAAAUCACAAUCAAGACGACGACGGAUUUGAUAUACAUGCAAGCAUGUAUUGAAGAGAGCCUACGCAUGUUUCCUCCUGCAGUCGUCUCACCAACUAGAUUGUCUCCGGGAGACUUCGUUGGCGGCUACUAUAUACCUAAGAAUACCAAGGUUCAUCUUCAUCAGCACGCUAGCUACCGCAGCCCAGGAAAUUGGCAUCGUCCUGACGAUUACCGCCCCGAGCGAUUCUUGCCAAAAGACCACCCACUUUAUGACGCAUCGUUUGCAAAAGACAACAAGAAGUCUUUCAACCCAUUUUCUUUUGGUCCAGCCAACUGCAUCGGGAAAAAUCUCGCCUACGCAGAGUUGCGUCUUAUCAUGGCAAGACUGCUGUGGAGGUUCGAUCUGUUACCUCAACCCGGAAGUGAAGCGUGGAUGGAUGGCAUGAGAGCAUACACACUGUGGGACAAGCCACCACUGAUGAUGAAGUUCGCAAACGCGGAACACUAA